AUGCCAUCUUCUCAAUACGCCAUUUCAGACAUAAUUCUAAUUCCUAAACAUAUUAAAAUUGGAAAAUUAGUUGGUAGCAAUGAUUGUAACCUAAAACCAAUUAGUGAGAGAACUAAUACAUUGGUUUGUGUCAAUAAAACACAUCCGGCAAAAAUUGAAAUUAAGUACAAUACAAAUUUCCCUCCACCAAAUAUUAAUACAAUUAAUGAGGCAAAAGAUCUAGUAAAUAAAUUGAUUGAAGAAGAAGGAAAGAGAGCUCGUUUGGAAAAGAAAAAGGAAGAAAAUAUUCCGUUUGUAAGAGAUUUUGGAGGGGAUGGUAAAAUAACAAAAUAUCAGAAAGAAAUAAUUACGAAGAAAGAAAAACAGAAAUCUAAGCGAGAAAAUGAUAAUAUGAUAAAAACUUAUAUGAAAGAUGGAAUAGUGGAAGACAAGUGGGAACAGGAGGAUAAAAAGGAGAGGGAGGAGGUGGAUUAUUAUUAUUCUUAUUAUUAG